AUGGACGCUCGGGGUGUCAAGUUAACCCCUCAGACCCAAAGGAAAUGCCGCCUCGCAGAGAUUGUGCAGUACAAAUGUGACGUUGAGAUGGGCCACCAGGGGCAACCUCAGUUUCAUUGCUGGCCAGUGCCGCGGAUAUUCAGGAUUUGUCCUGGUCGGCCUGCUGUCGAAAUGACUAGAUUUGUGAAAGUUGACAUGAGUACGGGCGAAAUCAGCGUUCCCCCUGAGUCCAGUCAAACGUUGCCUGAGGGAAAGCCUUGGCGAGAUGUAAAAUGCUACGACGACAAACUGGAGGAGCUGCUAUGACUGAGAUAGGAGGAUCUACGCGGACGCCUGAACAGAUUCCCAUCCGAACUCAGUUGCUGAGCGGGCUUGAGCCCCGAGCAAAGUGCUCUCCGUCGGAAUCCUGUGCACCAUGCCUGUUCGUCGAUUGUUCG